AUGGCUACUGCAGUCUUUGGGUCAAUAACUGAGUCCGUUCAGGAGAUUUUGCAGAUCUCUGGGGCGACUUUUCAGUCUUUCCUUGUCUUCUCUAUCGCCCUAACUUUUCUCAUAGCGUUCAUACUUUUAAAGCGCCCGAGAAACCUGCCUCCUUACCCGGCAGGACGCGUGCCUGUUCUCGGGCACCUCCUCGCCUUGGGCCGGAAACCUUACCUCAAGCUGACGGCGUGGAGGCGGCAGUACGGGGACGUCUUCACCGUCAGGAUGGGAAUGGAAGAUGUGGUGGUUCUGAACGGCUACACUGCCGUCAAGGACGCGCUCGUGGACAGGUCCGAGCUGUUCGCGUCCAGGCCACCAAACUACAUGUUUGAUUCGACAGUUGGUUUUGGAAAAGACAUUGUUACUGGACGUUGGGGUUCAUUGUUCAAGCAGAGAAGGAGGUUUGUCGUCAGAACCUUAAAGAACCUUGGCAUGAAGGUCGGACCUGGCAGUAUUGAGGAGAACAUCCGAAAUGAGGCCAGCUGUGUACAAGAUAGAAUUGCAGAUUACGAAGGGAAGCCUUUUGACAUCUUCCAUUACGUCACUGUGGCGGUUGCAAACGUCAUCUGUUCCAUGACUUUCGGGAAGCGCUAUGACUACGAAGAUGAAAAGUUCCGAGAGGUUUCCCAAGCGUCUGCUACAGUAUUGGCUGAAAUUGGAGCCGGGCAGCUCAUCAGUAUCUUCCCUUUCUUACGGUUUGUUCCUGGAGUGAACCGAGCCUGCCUCAAUGUAUCUGAACAUCUCCCGAAGAUCCACAAGUUUGUGAAAGAAGAAAUAGAUCGGCAUCGGGGAAACCUAGAUCGCGAAAACCCGAGAGAUUUCCUUGACUUCUGCCUGUUGGAGCUUGAACAGCGGGGAAAAGUCGAUGGUUUAACCAAAGAAAACGUCCUGUACAUGGCACAGGAUCUGUUUAUGGCUGGAACAGAAACAAGCGCCAACACCCUACGGUGGAGUCUACUCUACUUAACUUUGAACCCCGACAUUCAAAAGAAGGCACAAGAGGAGCUUGAUGCCGUUGUUGGUGAUAGUCUGCCCGCCCUGCCCCACCGUUCCCGCCUGCCCUACGUGAACGCCUGUCUGAUGGAGACCAUGAGGAUCCGCACUCCUGGUCCUAUUCCACUUCACGCCACCACACAGGAGGUCAACGUUCGGGAAUAUACCAUUCCUGAGGGAACUAGGGUAUCAUAA